GUAUUAGGCAACAGUGGUCGGUUAUUAUAAGGAAUCUGGUGUAAUCAUAUCUGACAGUUGUUGUUGGCUGAAACUGGUUGAAAACGUUAUAACAACAAAUAGUUGUUGUUUUUCUUUGUGCAAGUUAAUUUCCAGCUAUAAAUAGCUUUGACCCCAAGAGGAAUUAAGAGUAGCAGUAGCAGAAGUUCUAGGGAAACAGUGUGCUAUGAUAAAUAAUGGUAAUGGACAAAUAUUACCAACAAAACCAACUGCACGAGCUGUGGGACAAGAUGAGAGCACUGCACCUCAGCUACCUCCAAUUGGAUGAGUGCCAGCAGAAAGUCGACCAGAGGCACAAGCUUCAAGAAUGCAUCAACAAGUUCCUGUGCCAGGCGCCUCAUAAUCAGAAAUUUUUUAUGAAGGAGACGUCGGACGUGCUGCACAGGUCGGCGAGCAGCAAGAAGGAUUUCAGCGGAUAUAAAGCGGCGCUCGGAUUCAACGCGAUCAGCAUGUACGCUGCGAAUUUGCUGUCUCAGCCGUGGAGGAGAGAAUACAAGCAGAUCAAAAUGUAUUCUGGUUAUUACAAGCAUCAAAUUGAAUCGAAUCUGCUGGGUGCUGAAACGCUCUUUGAAGCGAUGGGGUACAGGCAGAACGGGCAAGGGGUGCUUAUUUUGGAUGAGCCGAUUUGCCCCGAUCGGCUGUCGAACGUCUCGCAAGAUACUUUGGUUGCCUACGUCGAGUGUCAGAUCUUGAACACGAUUUGGGAGGAGGUUUGCGCCGUCUACAACGUCAAAUGGUUGGACGUGCUGAAGUUCCGCGAAGAGUAUCUGUGCAGUCCGAAGCAAUCGGUGAACGCUCUAAUUUACAACUACCAUCAGAAGCAGUGGGCGGUCGAACCGUCGUCACCGCUCGAAGCUCCGCCCAAGUAUUACUAUCAUAGGGCGGUGCCAGCACCGUCGUCUCCUCCACCACCCACCUACAUCUACGCUGCCCCGCCUCCCGUCUGUUACGCCACCAAUUACAUGCCGCAUCACUACCAAGCCAAGUACGCGCCGCCGCCCCCUGUGCAAAUGGUUCAGCCGCAGUACGCCUAUAACGGCGUGCCGACAGCGCAACUCAUCGAGCUGGACGCAUGCAAUCAGCCUGUGAAUCAGUACUACGAUGUGCUCGAGAAGAGGAUGAAAACUUUGCACGUUGCGGACGAGAGCAGGAAGACGACGCCGAACGACGACAAGAACUCCGACGUUAAUUCGGAGGGUAACGAGAAUUGGGAUUACGUCUAUCGCAAUCUGGAGAGCAAAGGUUAUUACAACGAGAUGCUGCACUCGUCGCAGCCGCCCGUAGAGGACACGAAGAGCCGACGCUCGAGAAACAAGGAAACUUUGCACGCCACGUACAAGGAGAAAGAGAAGAAGCGCGAAAGCUAUUACGAUAACGUUGCCAGUCCGGAGGUGGCGACCAAGAAGAAGAGCAAGAGCAGCAAAACGACAACGAGUAACGGCAAUUACAAGGAGGACACGGUGAAGCCGCAAAAAAAGACCUCUUCGUCGUCGACAACUGCGGGAUGGCACUGCACGAGCUGCACCUUCCUGAACAAGAGCGAAGCGACAAUUUGCGAGAUGUGCAACAAGAGCAGGAUGGCGCCCGAACUGGAGGAGAUCGCAGUCGGCGGUUCAGAGUGCACGAACUGCACGUACGUGAACGCGAAGGACAAGAAGAUUUGCGACGUCUGCGGUUGCAGUCUGGACAAUUCACCCACGUACAUUUGAACCAACCCAUCCAUCCAUUCACUAAUAAUAAUACAUUUGUUAAAGAAAAAGAAAACGAGAAAAAAAAAU